AUGGCUAGGACUAGGCAAACAACUCCACAAACAAAAGAGGAAAGGCUUAGAAAAAAACGGGAAGCAGAAAGAAGGAGGUAUUACUGCUUAAAACAGGAUCCUGUCGGAAGAGAGCAACUCAGGCAAAAAGAAAUCGCCCAAUACUUGAGAAAAAAGGAAAAAGAAGUCAUAAAACCCAUUGAAGACCUAAGUGAAAGGGACAAGAGAAGAAAACGAAAACAAUGGAGAGAAUAUUCUCAGAAGUACAGAAACAAGAAAAGACAGAUAAGAAUGGAAAAUGAACGUCUAGUACGUAGAAUGCAUGAAGACACGCCACCGUUGUCAGAAGAAGAACGAGAAAGUCUACCUACUACGCCUGAAAAUCACCAAAGGGUUUCGGGAAAAAGAAGGUACGCAACAAAUAGGAAAAGGAGAAGCCGUGAAAACAAAUACAAACACGAAUUAAUCAAGAAGCUGCAGCUUAAAGUACAAAAAUAUAAGCAAAGGUAUCAUAGGCUGAAAAACAUAAAAUUAAAUAAAAAUGAUCCAUCCUCACCCAGAGGCAGGGCCAUACAAAUACUGGAUGAAGAUAAAAAAAUAGUCGCAAAAAAAUUGCUUUUUGCUGAAGUAAUGUCCGACCAAUUAAAACAAAAUUAUGAAAACCUAAAUAGCACGAAGCAAAAGCAAAUCUUUAGAAAUGUUGUAAGUGGAGAGAUAGUAAAAAAAUAUCGUGUAAAAAAAUGUGUAAAAGCCCUUCUGCAUGGGAGCAAUAUUUUAGACGGUAAAGAAAAUGAUAUUUUACAGUACUCUACAAAGAGGCGAUCUGAUCCCCAGAAAAUUAAUGCAAUUUGGAGGUUUUUAGACAAUGAUCUUCAUAGCAAACUAUGUCCAGAAAAAAGAGACUACUGCAAGAGAAACAAGGUGAUAAAACAAAAGCGAUAUCUAUGUAACACAAUGCGUAAUUUGCAUAAAGAGUUUUCUAUUCGUUAUCCUAAUAUGCCAGUUAGUUACUCAUUUUGGUGUAAGAAUCGACCAUUUUGGAUUGUCCCACGAAAAGUAACAUCUCGCGACACGUGUGGAUGCACAUGUUGCUUUAAUAUGGCUUUAUUAGUUCAAGCUUUAAAUAGGAUGAAAGUCCUUACAGAAGGUAAUGUUUCCGAGGUCACCAGAACAUUUUGUUGUGCACAAAAAACUGAAAAAUGUUUACUUCGCGAAUGCCUAAAAUGCAAAGAUAAUACGAUUUCUUAUAAACCAUAUCAAAGCACUGAAGUCGGACAUUUUUUCAAAUGGACUACGAGAAAAGAGUCUUAUUUUGAUAAGUACCAGAAGCAAAAGAGUAUUACUAAAACCAUCAAGCAAAAGCUUAUCAUGCCUUUGAACGAAAUGAUUUUUGAGUUUGAAGGAUCAAUCAUAAACUUCUUGAAACAUAAAGGUAGAUCUCUGCAUCAGUAUAACCAAAUUUCUAAGAAAAAGGAAAGUUUGAUGCCGAAUGAAGUCAUGAUCCACGUGGAUUUUAGCGAGAACUAUUCAUUAAAACAUGCGGAGGAAACUCAAGCAUUUCACUUUGGUGGUUCGCGCCAACAGAUUUGCCUCCAUACUGUAGUUAUCUAUUUCAAGUCCAAUGGCAUUGUUCACUCGAAGUCAUUUUGCACACUGUCCCAGAGUCUGAAGCAUGAUGUAUCAGCAAUCUGGGCACACCUUCAACCGAUCUUGUCAUACAUUUCAGAAGUUCAUGUUGCAGAUACACUUAUCUUUGUCAGCGAUAGCCCUGCCACGCAGUAUCGGAAUAAAACUAUGUUUUAUUUCCUGGCGAAUAAACUCCACCAUUUAUAUCCAAAAAUCAAGGAGUGCUCUUGGAAUUAUUGGGAGUCUGGACACGGCAAGGGUGCUCCAGAUGGUGUUGGUGGAGUCACAAAGCGAACCGCUGAUAGGCUUGUGGCUGAAGGAAAAGAUAUAAGUUCAUAUGAAAUCCUUCUUAAUAGUCUGCAGAAUAAUAUCAAAAACAUAACCUACUUUUCAAUUGACGAUGCAGAUAUAAAUAAAAUCAGUGAUUUAAUCAAGAAGGACAGCAUAAAGCCUUUUGUCGGCACAAUGCAGGUGCAUCAAGUCAAAGUUGAGGAUUACACUGCAGGACUGUUAAGAUUUUUCAGGUUGAGCUUAUUUGAUGUUCAAAGUACGAGUUAUUUUUGUGGAAUCUUAGAUUACUCUGAUGAAGACAAUGGAUACACCCAGAUAGAGCCAGAAGUUAGCAGCGACUCUGAUGAUGAUUUGCCCUUAAGUAACCUUGUCAUAAAAAGAAGAUGCAAAGAAUUCAUUACAAUGACGUCUACUCUGAUGAUGAAGCCGGCCCAAGCUCAAAAAUAUAUCAACAAGAUUUGGUGCCAAGUAACAUUAUAA